AAACAAAAAGUACAACGUGACUUCCGGCGGGAAAUACAAACAGACAUCAAACGCUAACGCUGUUCAAACACAAAUGACUGGGACGUGUUGCUGCUUCAUGAACAAUUAGUCAUGGAGAAGACAGCAAUAUAUACAACACCCAGCCCAGAGAUCAGUGGAGAGCCACCUAGUAAAAAACACCGACUUGUUUAUAAUGGGUCAACUCCCCAAAGAAAUGGCCUAACUCCAGUCAGACAAAGGUUAGAACAGCAAAGAAAGAAACUGCUGGAGAAAGAGUCUCAGCAAGAAAUCAGCCCUACACUGCAGAAACUGAGGGACACCCCAGGUCGAGUGAAUAAUGACAGACAUACCUUAAUCAGCAAGCAUCUGGACACAAGGCACAACAUGGAUCGCCUCAGUGUAGGGGGUGGGGUUUCACUUUGGCCAGAAAUGGAGGAUAUGCGUCUUUCUCCUGCUGAAAUUCUGAAGCUGGGAGCAAUCUGUUUCCUGUUGUUUGUUCUGAUUAUCACAUUUUUCACUAAAUUACAUGGUAAUGUUGUGCAAAAUCUAUUGCUGUUUCACCAAAGACUCGUAGACUUCAAUAGCAUGCACAACAUAAAUGUGGCAGCAACAAAGGAGAAAUUCAGAUCCUCUGUGAUAGAGUGGCAUCUUCACCAUAAACUUCUACUGGAUGAAAUCCACACCCGUUUUGAUGUCAGGAAGUUUUCAGUGACGUAUGUGAUGUAUAUUGUGGUUUAUGGAGGAGGGAUGGGAACAUUAGUGUACUUCCUCACGGAUAAUGUCUGGUCCAAAAGUAAACUGUCUCCACGGAGAAUCAAACAAUGGACUAGCUUGCUAACUGUGAUAGGCACCUGGACUGUGGCCUUGACUUACAUGCUUGUGUGCGCUUACAUGGUGGAAGUGGCCAUAAAAAAUAAUGUAAACCGAAUUACUGAAGUUUUGGGAGAAGCCAUAGCAACUGACCUUGACCUUAGUGUUUUACAAGCUGUUGUGGAGUAUUGGAGAACUCGUUGCUUAGCAACAGGAACCAUAAGGGUGAUGGGCUAUUUGGAGGUCAAGGACUUGUUAUUCUAUUUACAGUACUAUCUGGUCCCCGUAGCUACAGUACUGGGCACUCCCGUGAUUAAACUUGUGGUUUCACUCUAUCAUAUAUACAGCUUCAAUCACAAAUAAAGUUUCAAUAAUCGACAUACUGUGCAUGUAAUAGUGAUGAUUAUACAUGUACUGAAGCUGCAUGACAUACAUCUUAUGUAAGUGUGCAACUCAAAAGGUUUUAAUUAUGCAGAUGCUUUUGUUGUGAGAAAGAUAAAGUAAAUAUUACAAAUUCUGUAAACGAUUUUGUACAAUAAAAGUUGUUUUUAUAUUUGAACUCUUACACUGACCAUCAGUUCUGAAAAUCAAUAGAGGUCGCCAACUAGAUGUAAUUAUGAUUCUGCCUAUGAAGUUUGGAGGAGGGUUAAGGGUUGAUCCUUCAGUAUUUAGGUUCAAUUCAAGCUUGCAUUUCUACUACCAUUCUAUACUACAACAAUCCAAUGAACAUUAAAAUAAAUUGAACUUUACAUGUAAAAAUAACAGGAAAAGUAUGUUGUCAAGAAAAGUGGGGGCUAGGUUGCCUGUAUUGUUAAUUAUUGCUCAUUAUACACAGAAAAAUAUCAGGACUGGGUGACUUCAGUACUUUUUCUUUUUAAAGUUACCUCUAACAUAAACAACACACAGUAUUACUCUUCAUGAUAUAUGCAAUAUAACAAGUUAUAUUCUUCUGACUGGAACCUAUAUGUCUACAAUUUAUGCUCAUCAUUAUAUUGUAAAUAUUUGUCCCAAAAUUGACCUGUGAAUUAUCCAGCAUGCAUUGACUUAUCAAGUUUGAUAAUACACCAGAUGGUGGCCUGAACUUUGAAAGAAGCAAAUUGCUGUAUAAAGAGAGAAAAUGAAGAGGCAUAAUCUGUUGUCAGUCCUGUUUCUUUAAUGAAUAAAUGUUUUCUUACUUA